GUGCGGACACGCCACUCUUCACGUGGAGACGCAGCAGCUACUGUUUAAAGACAGCCUUUCUCGAGUGAGGGUGUUUACCUUGUGACCCACACACUUUGUUUCCUUAAAGCCCAAUCAACACUCAGCAUCACUUCCUUUCCCAGAUGUGUAUUCUGAAUCUUCAUGUGUGGGUGGGUGUGUGCAUCUGCCUGGAGCAAAAACUACUUCCUGUGGGCUCUUGAGUCACACCCAGGCUGACACUGCUUUCAGAAUCCAGUAAAUCCAUUAAGAGUUGUACAGCCUUUCCUGAUGAUCACAGAGCAGUCCUGCUUUGCUUAACAUCCAGCCAAUCAUUUUACAGGUCGGAUUUAUCAUCACUCUUGGUCAAAAUCCAAAUAUUGCUACUAAUCAUGUCAUCAACAUGUUUUGUUUUUAAGCCCAGAGAGAUAUACCAGACUACCUAGCCAGAGAGAGACCGAAUCUUAUUCUUGUGAGCUGGACAUGUUAAUCUGCAUAACUAAAGGAAGCCAGGUGGCCAACGGCACCACAUCCACAGCUCGGUCUCACUCGACAAUAACAAAUUGUAUAUAAACUGGUUUCCAUGGUUUAUCUGUCCGCUUUGCAGGUGGCUGAGGAGAUGCGGUUUGUCUCUUCGCUUGUUAAGGAGUGAGAGGCAUCACAUUUACCCCCAACACAUUACAGACAAAGGCUUCAUAAAUAUUAGGCUCUUUGUCCAAGAAAGAGGUCAGUCCUGACAGCUUGAGAAAUGAUGGCCUUCACUUUGCUAGCUUGCCUGUACUUCAUGUUACCUUUUGUCUCGCCUGCAAGAAAUAUUUCUCUCAAGUGCAUGCAAGAUACUGAUGAAUUCCUUUCUGAUCUGAAUUCACCGAAGCCCAAAGAAUACGCUCUGAGAAUGUAUGACUCGGUGGGAAAGCUCGGAAGCAAUGUUCUUAGUGGCAACCUGGACAGGUUGGGAUCCUACAGCGAGUGUCUUUCCACCCGGGGCCCCGAGGGAAGAUUCCGAGGCCAGUACUGCAAACUUCAUCUACUGCAGGAUGGAGCAGACUAUAGUGUGGGUGUGUGUGUCCCUGACUCUUGCGGUGAAGAGGAUGUGACCAUGAUGUCUCAGCUGGAUAUGCUAAGGUUCAGAAAUACUUCAUUUUUGGCACCUUCCCUCUCCCUCUUUACAAAAAACUCUUCCUCCUCGCCUUGUGAAAGUGUGGCCAGAUGCGCUGCUGGGGUGUUUCGGCUGGACACGUUUGCCUCCGUGUGUCUGUUCAUCACCUUGCUAGGCCUUGUCCUUCCUGUGGUGGGGACUGUUUACAUGGUGGCCAGGAACUGGGGCUUGGACCUCAGGCCAUCACCGGCACACGGGACUUCGGCAGGCUGUGAGAAUCUGCCUUUGAGAAAUGUGGAGAGCGAUGGGCAAAGAAGCAGGAGCCCACAGACCAAUUGCCAAGUUCAUCUCUCCCCGCCAGGACCCCUGAGCAGAGGAAAAAGGUUUCUAGGAGCCGUGGAUGGAGCUCUACAGUGCUUUUCUUGGCAAAAGAACAUGCCAGCCAUCUGUACCCCAGAGCUGCCAGAAGGCACCUGCCAGACACUGAACGGGAUCCGAGUCCUGAGUCUCCUUUGGAUUGUCUCGGGGCACACCAGUCAGAUGACCGCUUGGCUGUCUUUGGAUAAUGUGCUUGAAUGGAGGGCCAGAGUGCCGGCUCACCCGCUCUACCUCUACUCUCGGAGUGGCCCGUUCUACGUCGGGGUGGAUACGUUUUUCCUGAUCAGUGGUUGGUUAAGUGCAAGGUCAUUUCUAAAGAUGCACCGGAACACAAACGCGGGAAUAACCCCUAAAGUCAUGCUCAGAUACUUUCUCAAACGUUUUACAAGGCUGCAGCUUCUUCACCUGUACUCAGUGUGCUUGCUGGUCGGACUCUUCUCCUUGGUUCCCUGGGGACCUGUCUGGGAGGUGCCGCAGUUCCACUGGGAUAACUGCCGGCGAGUCUGGUGGACGAAUCUGCUGCUGCUGAACAACUUCGUGUCUGUUCAGAACGCCUGCCAUGGCUGGACUUGGUACCUCGCCAGCGACUUCCAGUUCCACCUCCUGACGCCGCUCAUCUUCUUCGUCCAUGGAAAAAAUAAACGUGUCCUUGUCCUCCUCGGGGCCCUGCUGUUCCUGACAUCUUUCGCGGCCACUGCUCUGCUCACAUUGGCUUAUAAACUCCCAGUGGCGUCUCCAUCAGCAGCCAGUGAAAACGAGACUGCCCUGUAUUUCUCAGAGUAUUACACCAAGCCCUACUGCCGGUGCGGCCCGUUCCUUGUGGGCCUCUUCCUGAGCAUGUUCAUGCAUUCGGACCACCCUACAAGCAUUCUCAAAACUCCGGUGCAGGCCACGCUGGGCUGGACUUUCUCUCUGCUGACCCUGUUUGCAGUUGUCUCGCUGGCAUACGUAGUGGAUGACACCUCCCCCACCUCUUCCAUGGCUGCUGCCGUCUACCAGGCCCUCCAUCGGACCCUGUGGGCCGCAGCUGUGGGCUGGGUCAUCUUUGCCUGUCAGGAAGGCUAUGGAGGUCUGCUGACGCGUGUGCUUUCUUGCGGCAUCUGGAGUCUCCCGGCUAGCAUCAGUUACGCUUGCUACCUCGUCCACCCCAUAGUGAUCAUCCUCUAUAACGGACUGCAGGAGACCCUUCUCCACUACACUGACACCAAUAUGUUCUAUCUUUUCUCUGGACACUGUGUGCUGACCUUCCUCUGCGGGCUGGCCCUGACGCUGUUCAUCGAGCAGCCAUGGCAGAAGCUGAAGUGCGGCCCGUGGGGACCCGUGCCUGCUGGGCCGUGAGCAUUCCGACUGGAACGCCGGAGAACCGCGGCCCACCUGUGGUCCUCGGAAGGAACGGGAAUCUGAUUUUGUGAACAUUUACUGUGUACAAUGUGUAUAGAUAACCCGUGUUCACUAUAAAAAGUGCUGCGAGCCACAGAAGUAUGAAGUAGGAAUUCAGUUGACGGUAGCAAAAAGAAUUCUUCCAGAGGAUAAAGCCAAGACUCAAGGAGUCUUGGUGAUACUGCUUUUGUAUGUAUCAGCUGUCUCCUACAGUGCAUUUCUUGUGUGCUGUUGUAGCUUUCCCAUUUGAUUGAUCAUUUAUUAGGCACAAUUUUUCCCUAUUGGGGUAUUUGGAUAAGAUCCCCAGGCUUUUGUUCUCCUGUUUAGCAUUAGACCCAGAAGUCUGCCUUUCUACAAUUAUCUCCAUGAGCAAGUAUCUGCCCAGGGCUAUCUCUGGACAAAAGCAUUUUAUCUGAGACCUCUCUCAAACAUUCAAGGGCAGACUGCAGAUAAGCAUUCAGACCACUUGCUAGCCUCCUGAAGUAAGGUAAAUAUCCACCUAGGCCAGGUAGAUGUUAGGUACAAAACUUUGUUCUUGUGCAAAUUAAGCUUAAACCCUCCUUUCUCCCAUAGCCCAAGUUCCCCUUUAACAAAAGCCCACAACAAAAGGGCUUUUACGUACCAGGCACAUCAAGCUGUGACACAGGCUAUCUAGCUACCAGUUCACUUCACCUGCCCUGCCAGAAAAGGGCACAGCUGAGAUUAGACAGAGACAGAUAGGCUCCAAUGGAGAAAA